AUAAAUUAAUAAUCUUACGCGUAUUUGUUACGCCUUAUGUAGUAUUUGUGAUUAAGAUUGAGUUGAGCCCAUGUCAAUUAGACAAAUAGCCAGAAAAAAGUUGCGCGCGUAUGUCUUGUAGGCGCCCAACGAUUCUCAUGGUCGGUGAACAAAGCAGAACAUGAUUUUAUCAAUUAGACCUCAUAUUCGAAGAAUAUUUACAGCUUCAGCCUUCGCCCAUACAGAAUGCAGAAACCCUCUUCUUCCGGAGACAAAACCAGACCAUCUAGAGCAGAAAACCCAAUUGGGUAAUGACGUAGAUAUGCUUGAACUCAACGCUCAAUUGAAGCAGCUGGUUCAAACAGGUGAAGUUGGAGACGCCCGGAACAUGUUCGAUAAAAUGCCUCAGAGAGAUGAGAUUUCAUGGACCAAUAUGAUUUCAGGCUACGUUGGUGUCUCUGAUCCCUCUGAGGCAUUGGUUUUGUUUUCGCACAUGUGGGUUCAGCCUGCAAUCUGCAUGGACCCCUUUGUUCUUAGUGUUGCAUUAAAGGCUUGUGGACUUGGUUUGAACUUGUCUUAUGGAGAAGUAAUACAUGGGUACUCGAUAAAAUCGUGUUUUGUGAAUUCGGUCUUCGUGGGCAGUGCGCUUCUCGACAUGUAUAUGAAGAUUGGUAAGAUUGAGCAGGGAUGUAGGGUUUUUGAUGAAAUGCCGAUAAGAAAUGUGGUGUCUUGGACUACUGUUAUAACCGGGCUUGUUCGUGCCGGUUACAAUGUGGAGGGGUUGGAGUAUUUUUCUGAAAUGUGGAGGUCGAAGGUGCAGUAUGACGCGUAUGUGUUUGCUAUCUCGUUGAAGGCGUGUGCUGAUUUGAGGGCUUUGAAAUAUGGGAGAGCGAUUCACACGCAAACAAUGAAGAAGGGGUUUGAUGAGAGCUCAUUUGUGACGAACUCUCUUGCCACCAUGUACAACAAAUGUGGCAAAUUAGACUAUGGGUUGCAAUUGUUUGAAAAAAUGAGGAUACAGGAUGUUGUUUCAUGGACAUCAAUCAUUACAACAUACCUCUGGAGGGGUCAAGAGGACCGUGCAAUCAAAGCGUUUAAAAGAAUGCAAGAAGCCGGUGUAAGUCCUAAUGAAUACACUUUUGCAGGCGUUAUCUCUGGAGUUGCCAGUCUUGCUAGAGUUGAAUGGGGUGAACAAUUGCAUGCCCACGUUUUACACAGGGGUUUUAUCUCUUCGUUGUCGGUGGGAAAUUCCGUUGUGACCAUGUAUGCCAAAUGUGGGCGUUUGGCUUCAGGUUCUAAGGUGUUUCAUGAGAUGAGCAGAAAAGAUAUUGUUUCAUGGAGCGCUGUAAUUGUUGGGUAUUCUCAAGGAGGUUAUGGGGAAGAAGCUUUUCAGUAUUUGUCGUGGAUGAGAAGGGAUGGACCAAAACCAAAUGAGUUUGCUCUUGCUAGUGUAUUGAGUGUUUGUGGAAGUAUGGCAAUGCUUGAGCAAGGGAAGCAGCUGCACGCUCAUGUUGUGUCUGUCGGUUUAGAGUUUACAUCUAUGGUACAAAGUGCUCUAGUGAAUAUGUAUUCGAAAUGUGGAAGUAUAAAAGAAGCUGCAAGGAUCUUCGAUGUGGCAGAACUUGAUGAUAUUAUUUCAUGGACGGCAAUGAUUAAUGGAUAUGCUGAACAUGGGUACUACCGAGAAGCCAUUGAUCUGUUUGAGAAGAUUCCUAGGGUUGGUCUGAAACCAGACUCGGUGACCUUCAUCGGUGUUCUUGUUGCUUGUUGCCAUGCUGGAUUGGUUGAUCUUGGUUUCCGCUACUUCAGUUCAAUGAAAAAUGACUUUGGGAUUAAUCCUGCAAAAGAACACUACGGCUGCAUGAUUGAUCUCCUCUGUCGAGCUGGACGGUUAAGUGAGGCAGAGCAUAUGAUCAAAUGUAUGCCAGUUCAACAGGAUGAUGUUGUUUGGUCUAUUCUCCUUAGAGCUUGUAGGCUCCAUGGUGAUGUCGACUGUGGAAGACGUGCUGCAGAUGAGAUCCUUAAAUUGGACCCGAAUUGUGCUGUGACUCACAUAACCCUAGCUAACAUUUAUGCUGAUAAAGGAAAAUGGAGGGAAGCAGCAGAAGUAAGGAAAAUGAUGAGAUCAAAGGGGGUAAUUAAGGAGCCGGGAUGGUCUUGGAUAAAGGUCAGGGAUCGACUUUCUGCAUUUGUUGCCAGAGAUCAAUCUCAUCCACAAGCUGAUGAUAUAUACAGUGUACUGGAAUUACUAGCUUCGAAGGCAGAAGAUACUAUUCAGGAAAUUGGUUCUUCAUUAAUCGACGCUGAAGAUUAGUAUUUAAUCCAUUAAAACUUAAAGCUAAUCUCUCCGAUUUGAUGGAGUACGUCCGAUUCCUUGCAAAAGUCCAGUUUAUAUUAUGUGGAGAGUUUCUCAGGGCAUAGUUAUGUAGUAAAGAACCAUAUGGAACCAGAUGAAAUUGCUUCUUUAGCCGUGGCUCGAGGAUUGGAAAUCACGGGAAAAUCUGGAUCCAGGGUCACGUUAAGAGGUCAAGCAUUAUCGGAGGCAUGGAAACUCUCGAACUAUCUCAUCUGCGAAAUUGCAUGCUUCAGUAGAGGUUUCGGCUUUGUCAACAUCAGAGGGCUAACUGAUAACACCAGAUCUUCAUAUUCAGAUGAUUAGCACUUAUUUUUGCGAAACUAUGUUUGCUCGCAAUUUGAUAUUCACUCGAGAAAGUUUUCCAGAAAAGUGCUGCAUCAAUAUAUUUCAAAGGGUGCUGCAUGCUGGGUUCAAGAAGUCCGGGUUGCAUGUAAGUUUUUCUCCUAUACAGUUAACUGUCGAAACAAGAAGAUAUUGUUCGAAUCAUUUUGUCACUCAUUCAUACGUUUUUUCAA